AUGAUUUUCGUCUUACAACCAACAAUUGUUGACGCUGGUCAUAUGCCUCAACCAAGACAUGUUGGUCCCAUUAUUCAAAUGAUUCGUCUCCGUCCCACACCCUGUCAAGUCACAUGUAAUUUCACUUGGUUUUCUUGUCUCGCCUCCGCUUUAAUGAUUACUGAAACCGCUGAAGACCCCUUUACUUUCGGUUGUAUGAUUGCCAAAAGUAUUUGUAUGGCAAGAUGUUCUCCUCUCUAG